AUGAAUGUGUCUUCUCUCCUUUGUUUAUCACCUAAAUUUAUCCUCCCAGAAGAUGAAAGACCACAACUUUCAGCGGUUACUUCUCUGGACUCAAUUCCCAUAAUUGAUUUGAGUGGUCGCACUUGUAAUGAUGGCAACCCAUCAUCCUCUUUGUUGAUUCAGAAGAUAUCAAAUGCUUGUGAGGAGUAUGGGUUCUUUCAGAUUGUGAACCAUGGGGUUCCUGAACAAGUUUGCAACAAAAUGGUGACAGCAAUUACCGACCUUUUCAAUUUGCCUCCAGAGCAAAGAAAACAUCUCUACACAGCAGAUCAUACCAAGAAGACAACACUAUACAAUUAUUACCUUCACGUGGAGGGUGGAGAAAAGGUGAAGAUGUGGAGUGAAUGUUUCGGUCAUUCCUGGUAUCCUAGUGAGGAUAUCAUUUCUUUUCUGCCACAAGAAAUAGGCACACAAUAUUGCGAAGCUUUCAGUGAAUAUGCAAGAGAGAUUGGUUCAUUGGUGAGAAGGGUUCUUGGUUUGAUAUCAGUAGGGCUUGGAUUAAAAGAAGAUUGCAUGGUGAAGAUAUUGGGGGAUGAGCCUAGACUAAGAGCACAGGCCAAUUUUUAUCCACCAUGUCCAGACCCAGAGCUGACUUUGGGUCUCCCUGUGCAUACUGAUUUCAAUGCUCUCACAGUUGUUCUACAAUCUCAAGUUUCUGGUCUCCAAGUCAUCAAAGAUGGGAAGUGGAUUGCAGUACCUGCUGUUCCCAAUGCCUUUGUAAUCAACUUGGGAGAUCAAAUUCAGGUUCUGAGCAACGGAAGAUUCAAAAGUGUACAUCACAGGGCCGUUACGAACAAAUUUGGUCCGCGGGUGUCGAUGGCAAUGUUUUAUAGCCCAAACUUGGACACUAUAAUUGGGCCGAUCGAGGAGUUGGUAGAUGAGGAACACCCUCCCAGAUACCGAAGAUAUCAUUUUUCUGAGUUUCUUCAAGAAUUCUACAACCAAGAAGGCUCAAGGAGGAUGGUUAAAGAAGUCUUUGAAUUGCCAAAUUAG